AUAAGAAUAGGAAUAGUAAAUAGAGAGAGUAGUUAGUUGAGUCCUAAAAUGAAGGAGAAGGUAAAUGAGUGGCAACAAUUGAAUGGAGGUAAAGCGUGCAUCAUCACUCACCCAUCAUCCAAUUCCAUUCCAACCCUUAUUUAAAAACAAUAUUUGAAGGUCACAAUCAUAUUACAUUACAUUACAACAACACUACACAACAAGAAGAAAAAAGGAACAAAUUUUGAAGGACAAAAUGUCGUGGCAAACUUACGUUGAUGAACAUUUGAUGUGUGAUAUUGAUGGCACCGGACACCACCUAUCUGCCGCUGCCAUCAUUGGCCAUGAUGGCUCUGUUUGGGCUCAGAGCUCUUCCUUCCCUCAGAUUAAGCCUCAAGAGAACACUGAUAUUAUGAAAGAUUUUGACGAACCUGGUCAUCUUGCUCCUACGGGCUUGCACCUUGCAGGAGUCAAAUACAUGGUCAUCCAAGGAGAGUCUGGUGCUGUCAUCCGUGGGAAGAAGGGAUCUGGAGGCAUCACCAUAAAGAAAACCGGUCAAGCUCUAGUUUUUGGUGUUUAUGAGGAACCUGUGACUCCUGGACAAUGCAACAUGGUUGUUGAGAGGUUGGGAGAUUACCUCAUUGAUCAGGGCCUGUAGACACGGGACUCUAUGAUGAUUUCAUCAUCUGUUUCUUAAUUGGAAACUAUUCUUUGUUUUUUUUUUUUUUUUAUCUUUUCAUUUUUAUAUGGUCUGUAUUUCACAUUGCAACCCUGAAUCGGGAGUUGUUGCAGAUAAUAACAAUUUGAGAUUUUAAAAGUUGUCUAUUGUUUGUAAGUUUAACUCUGUCGUCAAUCAUAAUAAAAUCUUAUUGAAUGGCUUGCAAACAAAA